UGCAGAGCGGUUGCCGCGGCGAGCUUUGGGCAAAUUUCCGUACGAGAACUCGAUCCGUAUCCACAGUAUCCGGAGAGCGCGCGCAGUGAAAGAAAGCGAAAAGAACACCUGCAAAAAAGGAAAGAAAGAAGGAAGGAGGAUUUUUUCCCUAAAACGCGCACUUUUUGAUUGCUUUUAAUUCGGAGGGGUUUCCUUUUUGUAUCUGCUGUUGCUAUUGUUGCCGGGGUGUAUGCCGCUGCCAACGAACGAACGAACGAACGCACCCGCCAGAAGCAUUCUGCAUAAUUCAUGUCAGCGCCGUGAACGAAAAGGUGAACGGAGUGGAGUGGCUUUUUUUUUGUUGUUUGCUGGCCCUCUAAAAGCUUCGCUUUACAUCACCGUGGUGCAACGUUGGAAGGAAAAUGAAACGAUUUAAAUUCAAAUUUAGCUCCAAUGUUUGCAGCCAUUCGUGGCCGUGGCAAAGCGCAACACUGUGCACUGUGCAUUGUGAAUGAUCCCGAAGUCACCGGUUGCUCAUUCCCGCUCAUUUUCGAUUUGGUCGUUGCCCACUUUUGGUAGGGAUAGUUGGUCGUGAUCCUAUUAUAAAAGUCACACCUAGCCACCGAGUAAGGCAUCAGUUGUGUGGCGUACGUCUUCAUCUAAUCCUCCAACCAUCAUGGCAGUCAUUCGCUCGGUAAGUAAUGACUUGUUCGAGCUGCAACAAAGAGCACCUCAUAAAGUAUCAUAUCUUCCUUCCAAUAGCUCUCCGUGGUGCUGCUGCUGCUGGCAGCUAUGCUGUGCUCCAGCACGGAAGCAGGACAUGCGGCGUCCUAUCUGGCGGCCCCAGUAGCAGCUCCACUCGCCUACUCCGUAGCGGCACCGAUUGUUCCUGCUCAGGGUGUCCUGAGGACGGCCUACAGUCAGGUUGUUGGACGUAGCUAUGCGCCCUCCUUUGUGCCGGUUUCGACCUCACUCGCUUAUGCUGCCGCUCCGGUGGCUGCUCCAGUGGUGAAAGCCGUCCCCACGGUUUAUGCUGCCGCACCGGUGGCUGCCCCAGUGGUCAAAGCAGUUCCCACAGUAUACGCCGCUGCCCCGGUAGCUGCUCCCAUCGUCAAAGCUGCCGUCCCGACGGCUUACGCCGCUGCCCCGGUAGCUGCUCCCAUCGUCAAAGCUGCCGUCCCGACGGUUUAUGCUGCCGCUCCGCAGCUUGUCGCCGGUCCGGUGCUAAAAACGGUGCGUCCCUAUGCCGUUGAGACACCCGUAGCUUAUGCCGCUCCAGCCUUUGCAGCCCCGGCCAUACGUGCUGCCGUUCCUGCUCCUGUCUUUGCACCAUCGGUCCUCUCCACCCGUCUAGCGCCGGCAGUUCCAGCGGUUGGUGUUGCUCCCGAACUCGCGCCAGCUGUUGGUGCACCUGCUCCGGCCAACUCCCUGCCGGGAGUUUUCGAUGCACGCGCCGCUGCCCCAGCAUCCCGUGCCGCGGCCGACAACUUUCAGCGAGCUUUCGUAACUGCAUUCGGAUCGACGGAAGGCAUUCGGCUGCUCGGUGUCGCCGGUGGUCAAGCGUUUGAAGGUGCGCCCACGAACGUUGAGAUUGCACGUGCUGCCCCCGGUGGACAGGAGGGUGGCGCUCAGCAGGGUCGAUCGUCGUCUCCCGGCACGGUGCCAACUGGACGGGCCGCGUCACCGAAUGGACCGGAAAACUUUGGCGUACAGCAACCGCAGCAGCAGCAGCCGACACCUUUUAACGAGUAUGGGCUGCCGGUAGCAGCUGGUGCACCUAUUAACCCGUAAAAACCAGAUGGAUGUGGGGUCGGUUUAGUAGCAAAAUGGAUACCUGAAUUACCUGAGAUUGUUAUAGAAUAAAUUCCACACUUUUAGCUUCAAACAUUA